UUGAUUGAGCUGUGCUAUAAUCAUGUCGUCUUUUAUGCUCUUUCUCCUCCUGUUUCUCUCCUCAAGCCUCCACUUAGCCUUUUCUUUAAGGAUUAAAGGCUCGUAUGACGUAUCUAACGAGACGCUCCAUAAAGAAGGGCAAAUGAAAUACAAGUUUUUAGAUAAAUUUGGUAUAUUCAAGGGAGACUCUGUCAAUCUGUACGGUAGCGUAAAUAUCACAGGUGAUCUGCUAUUCGCUUUCAUAAAGAAAAAGGUAUGGGAUAAAUUUCACCCCGGGUCCUCUUGUGAUCAGUUGCAAACCCAGUCUUUGAGAUAUAAUAAUCGUUUUGUACAACCAUUACCUCCCCCUAACCCGAGCUCUGACCUUACGCCUGUGUCUUCAUCGUCCUCCCCUCUCUCACCCUCGGCCUCUCAUUCUAUCAGCAUGAACACUGAAAUGAACGAGAGCACCGAUACUGAGUUUUGGUUUGCUGUUUUCAUUUAUUGCAGAGAAAGCAACAAUGCCUGGAUGAUACCCAAUGAUUCUCUUAGCCUCUCGUAUGAGAUCUUCAUUGUUAACGCUAAUCAUGAUCACAAUAACGACACUAGUCCAUUUACUAGGCAGUUCCCUGGUAACGAGAAAGGAUUCCUCUUCACGUACUUGCUGUUCAGCGUAUUCUAUGUCAUUCUAAUCCCAGUACACCUCCUCUCUCAUCUCAAGUACACUAUCAAAUGUAGGACACCUCAAAUUAUUAAUCUCUUUUCUCUCGCUCUCGUCUUUGAGGGGAUCAACAUUUUCUGUGGCCUGAUACAUUAUGGGAUCUACGCUCACAAUGGAUACGGGGCCCCGCCCCUUAAUUACAUGAAGACCUUCUUUAAUUUGGUCGGGGAUUGGUUUUUGAUCAUAGUCCUGGUUUUAAUUGCAGGUGGGUGGAUGGUAACACUGAGGACCGUUAAAUGGAGACUGGCUUCUUUUAUAUUCAUCUCUUUGUAUAUAUUUGUCACAAUCAUUUAUUACAUCGCCACUGUGAUAUACAUGAAUGUUCAGCCAUGGGAUACGCUCCAUCCAUUACAGGAAUGGCCUGGAGGGAUCUACCUAUUUGCCCGAAGCCUGCUACUCUUUUACGUUUGGUACCAAAUAUAUCACAUCCAUCGUCAAGAAGAAACACUGCAGAAGCUCCGCCUCUAUCGGGCAUUAUUUGGAAUAUUUACAGUCUGGUUCUGGUACCUGCCAAUAACUGUUUUCAUAGUGACGCUGAUUAAUCCUGUCGUGUCUUGGGUGGUGCUCAUUAAUAUCAUGAAUUUUAUGAAUUUCAUCGUCAAUGUCGUCAUGGUGGCUUUAUUCUGUCCAUUCUGGUCUCACGAGUAUUUCCAGUUUCAGUUUAAUGUAGAAACCUCCUCAAUGACCUCUGCCCUCAUGAACAGCUCCAGCUACACUAAGAAGUAUCAAAUGAUGAGUGGCAAUAGUUACGACAAGAGAGAAGAUAAGGACCUGAUCCUAUGAAGAACUUAAGUGGAAGCUUAACAUCAGGUGCUAAACUGGACAAGAAAAGUUUAAUAAUAGACUUGUUAUCUAUCUAUCUAUAUUAUUUGUAUUUUUUUCUAUUAUAAUGAUUGUUAGAUUUUGUGUGAUAAUUUUUUUU